AUGGGUGUGGAGCGACAUUCAACAGGAUCUGAUUUCGAACCGUUGGCGGAAGUGUGUUGUCGUCUGGUCCUGCAUGAUGAAGAAGAGGUAGAAGAGGCGGAAGGUAAUUACAUUUCCCCGGUGUUGCAGCAUACUCAACAGAUUAGUGCGCAACAGACAACAACUACUGGUAAUGAACAAGUGAAUUUUUCCGUACAUUCGGUGUUGCGAAAUCUCCCUCAAGUUUGGCGACAGAAUCGGGAUGAAAAGGAAGUAAAUUUUCAAUACACCGAUACUUGA